CGUAAAAAUGUCAUCACCAAAUAUAAACAGCAUUAUACUUGUUGGUUGUCUACUUCUGUACGCAACUAUAGUUAUCAAGACACUUGCAAUGACAACAAAAGCACUGUGUGCGGUGCAAUUGUUUUGCUUCUGGAUAGGAUUCGCAACUACCUUUGGUUCCAUGCUUUCCAAGACAUGGAGAAUCUAUAAAAUUUUCACUAAUAAACAAAUGAAGAGAAUGGUCAUCCGGGACAAACAUCUUCUGAUCAUCAUCGGUAUACUCGUCACCAUGGAAACACUUGUGUUAAUUGUGUGGGAGAUUUACUCACCGCAUCGAGAGCAACAACAGGAUGCAGAGAGAGUGACCACAGACACAGGGGACAAAAUGAUAGCGUUUUACCGUGUUUGUGUUUCGGAGCACUCCAACUAUUUCAACUGAACCCUUCAAAAAGUUAAUUGCCUUCGGAGCCUUCUUGGCAUGGG